AUUUAGGAGGAUCUAUCGUCAGAAAUGGAAUAUAAUAUUCAUAAGUAUGUUUCAAUUAGUAUAUAAUCAGGUUACCUUCUAUGGAGUCCACGAGGUUGAACCUCCUAUGCGCUUGGAAUAGGAGGGUGAAAGAGUAAACUACACUGAAUAUUUAUGUAUUUAUUAAUAUCAAUAUUGCAAUUUUUGAAGGAUUCACCUUUUAUUAUUAUUUAUUCAUUACACUUGUCAUAUACUGUAGCAUACAUAUAUUUCUCCUUUAUUUAUUGUAUUAUAAUGCACAUACUUAAGACUCCUAUUAUAUCUGUUUUAUAUUUUUAUAUUUUCUAUAUAUUUUGGUUAUAGAUAUUGUAAUAUAACAUAUUUUAAUGUUAUUUUUAUUAUUUCUAUUUGUUUAAUGUCUUUUGAGCACCUUAAAUAACUAACGAAUAAAGUAUUUCUGAUUCUGAGUGUUUUCAGUGUAAAAAAGGGAAUUUAGCUGCAUGUGGCAGACAGUUGAAUGUGAUGCUGACAGACAACAUUAUCAUCCUUUGGGACAUUAGUGAAUACUGUUCAUGCGUGCUAGUGAUCCAUGAGUCUGAUGGCGCCUGCAGCAAAAAGAAUUCAUGUGAUAAAAUCUUUUGUGAAACAAUCACUCCUCCUGUGCUAGUAGGCCUUUCUAUUCUUAAUUGAUACUCCACUGGCUUACGUUAAGGAAGUAGAUGUCCUAUCAUUGAGGGUUUAAAAGGCAGGAGCCUGCCCAGCUGGUCACUUCAGUGCUGAACUGUUGCUUCUUCAAGCUGCUGCAGAAAGAAGAACGACUCACUGCAAACACUGACAAGAUGGCAACAAGGAUUAAGAACGUGGACUUCCACUGCCAGUCUAACAACACUGCCCAUCACACCGAUGAAAUUACAACAAAGCAGCUGAUUGUGAGGCGGGGCCAGUCCUUCGUCCUGACCCUGGAACUGACGCGACCUUUCAAUGCCUAUGACCCACUCACCCUUACUGUGGAAACAGGUCCUUCUCCAUCAGAAAGAUGUGGGACCAGGUCUGAGUUUGGUAACCCAUCUCCCAUGUAUACCAGUGAUGUGAAGGCGAUAUGGAAGUACAAAAUUGACCAGCACGCCAACCUGCAGAGGGGCAUUGUGACCCUGUGCGUGACCCCGCCAGUCGACGCGCCUGUGGGGAAGUACUCGCUGUCUGCAACGGUCGACUGUGAAUCAAACACUCUGGGAACUCUGGUGGUGCUCUUCAACCCCUGGUGCUCAGAUGACUGGGUGUAUCUUCCUGAUGAGAGGGAGAGACAAGAAUAUGUGAUGAAUGAAGAUGGAUAUAUUUGGAAAGGAACGUCAGAUGGCAUCUGUUCCAGCCCCUGGAUAUUUGGACAGUUUGAGGAGGACAUGGUGGACAUUUGUCUCAAGAUGUUGGAUGUCAACCCAAAAUACUUAAGAGACCCAGCUGCUGACGUCUCUGCUCGCUGUAACCCCAUCUAUGUUAGCCGUGUGGUCAGCGCAAUGAUAAACUCUAACGGUGAUCACGGCGUGUUAGAGGGACGCUGGAAUGAACCCUAUAGUGAUGGAAUACCCCCCACCCACUGGAACGGCAGCGUUAAGAUCCUCCGGAUCUGGUAUGGCAGUUACUGCAAAGGAGUCAAGUAUGGACAGUGCUGGGUGUUUGCUGGUGUGAUGUGCACAGUGAUGCGGUUCCUGGGUAUCCCAUGUCGCGUUGUCACAAACUUCCAGUCAGCUCAUGACACAAACAACAGCCUCACUAUUGAUGAGUUUUAUGAUGAACAUGGACUAACAUCCAAGACAGGCGCAGACUCUGUCUGGAACUUCCAUGUGUGGGUGGAGGGAUGGAUGAAACGACCAGACCUCAUGAAAGGAGACAGCUAUGACGGUUGGCAAGUCUUGGAUCCCACUCCACAGGAAAAGAGCGAAGGGGUAUUCUGCUGUGGUCCAGCCCCAGUCAAAGCCAUCUGCCAGGGCGAGGCCAACCUGAAGUAUGACGUGCCAUUUGUCUUUGCAGAGGUCAACGCUGACAUUGUCCGGUGGAUGAUGGGUAGGAAUGGUAAAAAGAGGAAAAUGCAUUCAGACACCAGGACAGUGGGGAAGUACAUCUCCACCAAGGCUGUUGGCUACACUAAUGCAAGAAAUGAUAUCACAGACAGCUACAAACCCAGAGAAGGCAGUGCAAAUGAGAGGGCAGUCUUCAGACGUGCUCUAAACAGAGUGAACUCCGGAGAUGGUCAAGGGGAUGAGAGCAGAGAGGAGCCACUGAAGGUGGAGAUGAAAUUCAAACAGGAGCACAAGACGCAGAGUGGUGAGGACAUUCACCUGAAGCUGAAGCUGAGCAACAAAGAUAGUACCUAUCGGAUAAUGUCAAUCCGUGUCAAUGCCCAGGCCAUGAAUUACAAUGGCACACCAGUACACAACAUGUAUAGCACCAUCCAAGAGAAGAUGCUACAGUCUGGACAAGAUGAGAUACUUCCCAUUCAGAUCCCAUUCUCAGUCUACGGUAAAUACAUGCGGGGCUGUGACAGUGUGAAGGUUUCAGCCGUGGCCACCGACAGUAAGCAGGACGAUGACAUCUAUGAGACUGAGAUUGACAUCGUCCUGGUGUGCCCUCCCGUCACUAUAGAGGUUUUGGGUGAGGCCCGUCUGUACCGGGAAAUGAAUAUGGUGGUGAAAUUUAAAAACCCACUCAACGAGACCCUGAGAAACUGCUCCCUGACUAUCUGCGGAUCAGGUCUUUUCAAAGACGACUGUGUAAAAGGCACGCUUACAGAGUUGGAGCCAAAAAAGACAAUGCAGAUUGCUAUCUCAACGUUCCCCUACAAAGCCGGACAGAAGACUGUGGUGGCAGACUUCGACUGCAGCGCCUUCAGGGACAUAACGGGCACCUGCCUUGUUGAUGUCAAAGUCUGAAGCUCUGCUUAAACUCACAACUUCCAGCACGUCUUGUGUAGUCUCUGAUUAAGGCUAUAUAAUAUUCAUUAUAUGACUUAUUUGUGCUGUGCUAUAAGGGUUUUUUUCCACAUAUAUACAAGUGUGUAGUUUGUUCUGAGUGAUUAGUUGCAGUUAGUUGAUUAGUUGCAGCAAUUGUCAUAAUUAAUCAUUUAUGCAUCAAUCAAAAAUUUCAAGCUUUGUUCAAGCUUAUCAAAUAUAAGUAAUAAUAGCAUUAUUUACUAUUUUCUGACAUUUUAUAGACAGCAGGAGUUACAAGGGACUUAAUUUAAUUGAUUAGUAAUUUAAUUUGACAUAAUUUCUUCAUGUGUGACACUUUUAAUUUAGAUGUAAUGAUUUUGAUGAACUGUGAUUAUUAUUACACAUUUAAAAACUACUUUGUAUUUUGUAUUUGUUUAGCAGUUGUAGGUCACAUUAAUUCUUGUAUUGAUUUACAAAGUCAAAACCAGACCAUGCAAUGCUGAUUUGAUAAUGCUUUAAGGGCAGUGAAACACCCAUAAAUAUCUGAUAGAUUCAGAACAUUUAAUUAAAAAAAGGUGCCAUAUGUAAGAA